UUUUGAUAGUAUAAAAUACUACGUUAAGUUACUUUGGGGGUAAAGAAAACAUUGAAAAAAAUCACUCUGAAUAACCGAGGAUAGACCCACGAGAAAGGAAGCACUAUAUCCGGGUUAUUCUUCAUUUUUGGCGUGCAGGAGCCUCUAUACUACCGGGUUAAAAUUUCACAUGCUCUAAUCAUUUAAAAUAAACCGAAAUGAGUACACAUUACAGCUGUGUUUGGAUUAUGAGGUUUUUUUUUUCAGUUUUAGUUUAAUCAUCUUUAUUUCACACACAUCAAAAUCGAACAUUAUCAUAUUUUUUCAGACUCUAGCAGUAGAUAAUGAUUUACCAAACUCAUUGUUUCAAAUAACCAAUUCACUUUUUGUGUUUCUCAGAAAUCACAACAUUCAUUUAGUAUUGUUCUACAUCAUAUCUAUUUUUUUUUCUAAAAAGGCUGAGUUGCGCGGCGGCAAACCUACAAUGUGAUUCUGUGAUCGAUUAGUCUAGUCUGCAGCGAUUCCCUCACAACACCGGACGGAACAAUCUCGCUACCGCAUUUCACGGGGAUUGGUGGCACCUGGAAUGCGUGCGUAAUGGGCUUGACCAAACAGUACCUGCGCUAUGUGCCUAGCGCUGUGUUCGGCGUGAUCGGCAGCCAGAAAGCAAACAUUUGCUUUGUCACACAACGCGGUGGAGAGCGCGGCCGCUACGUGGCCGUGGCAGCUUGCGAACAUGUCUUUGUUUGGGACACCCGGAAAGCGGAGAAGGUGUUGAUUCUGGCAGGCCAGAAACACGAGGUAACCUUCCUGUAUCCCUCGCCUGAUGGCAUCCACGUGGCUGUGGGAUAUGAAGAUGGUGCUGUGCGGAUCUUCAGCCUGCUCAACGGCGAGAGCAGCGUCUGUUUCAAUGGACACAAAUCAGCUGUCACGACCAUUUGCUAUGACGCACUGGGGGCCAGACUCGUAACUGGAUCCAAGGAUACUGACGUGAUCAUUUGGGACAUCAUCAAUGAGUGCGGCCUGUACCGACUGCGGGGACACAAAGACGAGGUCACACAAGCCCUGUUUCUCAAAGACAAGAACCUCUUGGUGACCAGCUCCAAGGACAGCUUUGUCAAGUGGUGGGACUUGGACACGCAGCAUUGCUUUAAGACCAUGGUGGACCACCGCAGUGAGGUGUGGGCCAUGUCCGUUCUUAACGAAGAACACCGCCUGCUGACAGGCUCGGCCGACAGUGAGCUUCGAGCAUGGGACAUCAGCUACCUGCAGGAGGAGCAGGCAGAGGGCGAACCCAAGGUGAAAAAGGGCAAAAGUCUGCUUGAGGACGACCAGAGCGAUGGGAAUGAUGAAGACACGGAUGAGAGUCCAGAAGAUCGUAUUUUGACGUGCAAGAAAGCAGGCUCCAUCCUCCGUGAGGCCAGAGACAGAGUCGUGUCUCUGACCGCUGACAGCAAGCUCAGAGUCAUCGUCUGUCACGGCAAUGACUCGGUUCUGGAGGUCUUCAAGGUGCUAUCGGAGGCAGAAGUGCACAAAAAGAUGACCAAGAAGAUGAAGAAAGCCAAGAAGAAAGCGGCCAAAACAGCAGAGGAGGACGAGGGCAAGGAACCAGUGGUGGAGAGGACGCUGAAGGACGAGAUCGUCCGACUGAGCAACAUCAAGGCCUCCUCCAAGAUCAGGUGGGCCGACUGCCUGUCGUGCGCUGGAGGCGAGCUGAAGGUGGCCCUCCUGCUGCAAAACAACAUGGUGGAGACAUACAGCCUGAAGACAAAGGAGGGGGCGCCGAUGGCCAGCAAGACGGCGCGCCUCACGUUGGGUGGCCAUCGCAGCGACGUGCGGACGCUGGCAUUCAGCUCGGACAACCUGGCCGUACUGUCGGCGUCCGGGGACACCGUCAAAGUGUGGAACAGGUCAACCCUGCAGGUGGUGCGGACCAUGGCGUGCGAGUAUGCCCUUUGCUCUCUCUUUGUGCCUGGAGACAGGCAGAUCAUUGUGGGGACCAAGAGUGGUAAUCUGCAGGUGUUUGAGUUGGGGUCGGGAAGCCUCCUGGAGACGGUCAACGGCCAUGAUGGAGCUCUGUGGUCCAUGUGCCCGGCCCCCGACCAGCGGGGGCUCGUGACUGGAGGUGCGGACAAGUCAGUGAAGCUGUGGGACUUUGAGCUUGUGAAGGAUGAGGCCAGUGGACACAAGAGGCUGACAUUAAAGCACACGCGCACUUUACAGCUGGAGGAAGUCGUCCUGUGUGUGAAGUUCUCACCUAAUCACCGCUUGCUGGCAGUGUCCUUACUUGAUUGCACCGUCAAAGUUUUCUACACGGACACGCUCAAGUUUUUCCUGUCGCUGUACGGGCACAAGCUACCCGUACUUUGUCUGGACAUCACACACGACAGCACGCUGAUCGCCACAGGUUCGGCAGAUCGCAACGUGAAGAUCUGGGGCCUGGACUUCGGUGACUGUCACCGCUCCAUGUUUGCACAUGAUGACAGUGUCAUGUUCCUCCAGUUCGUCCCCAAGACGCAUUUGUUCUUCACGGCAGGAAAGGACAAGAAGAUCAAACAGUGGGAUGCUGACAAAUUUGAGCACGUUCAGACCUUGGAGGGCCACCAUCGCGAGGUGUGGUGUCUGUGUAUCAGCCCCAACGGUGACCAUCUUGUGUCGGCCUCACACGACAAGUCUCUGCGCCUGUGGGAGAGGACCAGGGAGCCCAUCAUCCUCGAGGAGGAACGAGAGAUGGAACGAGAGGCAGAGUUUGACGAGAGCCUGGCCACGGGUGACGCUCCGGUGGUGCCCGGAGAGACUGCCGGGGAAGCCGCACCAGCUGGCAAGAAAACCGUGGAGACGGUCAAAGCUGCCGAACGCAUCAUGGAAGCUCUGGAGCUCCUCCGUGGGGAGAACAGGAAGAUGGAAGAACAUAAAUACGCCUGCGAGCGUGCCGGAAAAGAGCUGCCCCUCCCCAAAGCAAAUCCAAUCCUUGUGGCCUUUGGAAACAUGUCUCCAUCCCGCUAUGUUCUUGAUGUCAUCAAGAAAGUCAGAUCCAGCGAGCUGGAGGUGUCCCUGCUGGUGUUACCGUUCCCAUACAUUCCCGACAUCCUGGAGCUUUUCAACGGCUUCAUCCGGCAGGGCCUGGAGGUGGAGCUCGUGUGCCGCUGCCUCUUCUUCCUGCUCAAAAUACAUUUUGGCCAGAUCUCAAGCAGCCAGAAGCUUCUCCCUGUCAUCGACGACCUGCGCUCCAACACUCUCUCCAAAGUGCAGGAAAUCCGCGACCUGAUGGGAUUCAAUAGCGCCGCCCUGCAGUUCCUCCAGCGUGAAGUGGAGAGCAAGGAGGAAGUGAUGUUCUUCGCCGAUGCCACAGGACGACUGGCGGAGAACAACAAGCGGCGGAGGAAGCGCGAGAGAGUCGUCCUCACUGUCGCUUGACGAUAAUCGCAAAGUAGACUCUUGGCUUUUAUUUUUUUCUACCAUAUUAUCUUCAGUAAGAAAAAUAAAAUAUCACAAUUGUAUUCCCAUUUUAUAUAAUUGUCUUUUAAAGCCAUUUUCAUCUAUAGUUAUAUACUGGAUGUCCCAAAAAAUGUAUACACACUUAAAUAAUGAUGAUGUAAAAAAUACAUUUGAAUUCUAAUAAGUUUACAAUUAUUUAAUGUGUGUCAUCAGAUUCCGCUUAUCCGCAGGACUAAUCGGGAGAAAUGUCGUGACCGACUCUCCAUUUAAAGGGUUGAGCUACCCCUUUACCCCAGCCGACUCUUAACGUCGUACAUGCAGGGGGACGGGAGCUUCUUAAGUCGGUGUCGAGAUGAACUCAUCUAGGUGAACUAACUGCCUUUAGUUUUGCAAAGCCAAUCCGGUCCGCCUUCACUUAUUAGCCUUUAUCGAGCAACCUUACAGAGUAAAAGGGUGACAAACUGAUCGCUUCGCUUUUACAGUAGCUUCAUCUCUUAUGAAUCGAUUGCACUUGUCAUUGACCUAGUAAGUUUAAAAAUCCUUGUUAGGAUCGUACGCAUUUGUUUUUAUAUUAAGCCAGAGUUUAUCAAUGAGUUAUUAAUUAAAACGGAGUUUACAACUAGAUGUUAUUAAUGUCGUUGACGAUUGAUCUUUAAUGAAGUAGAGUGGUAAAAGAUGAGACAACUCAUUAUAAGAAUGACAACGAUAGAUGAAAAUGGAAAUUUUAAGUAUUUAAUAAAAUGAUAAAAAUUGUUCAGAUAACAUUUAUUACUUGGCA